AGUGUUGACGGUUCGCAACUUAGCUGGUCCAGUGUAUGGUAACUAGCAUGGUCCCCUUCUACCAUGACAGACUGGUCCUUCCUUCCUCCCGUGAUGAUAGGGAAACUUACCCCUUCCCCUGCACCCACCUAUUACGCAGAUGAGGGUGGGGGUACUCUCGUCACAGGGGAAGGUGAGCUGAGGAUAAACUUACUGGCGGAUUAAGGUCAGUACAAGAUCCGUGGCUGAGGUGAAAGAGAGCGAGACAGCAAUGGCUGAGGUGAAUGACAGGUGGUGGGGAGAUCAGGUGGCCCGCAGGUGGUGUUAGGGACUCGAGUGUACUGCAGGUGGUGGUGAGGCCAUUGGUGUGUGAUUCUACACUACAGCAAUGUGAGUUCAAGGAAACCAAAUGGAAAUACAAGAAUCCCAAUGGAAGUAUGUUAGUGACUAGGUAAUUUACACGUGUUAUAUGUAUGAUAAUUUUUGUAACUGUAUUCAUGUGUACCUGUACCGAAAUAAACUUACAGAGAGUGAAUUCUCUGCAACUCUGUCACUUCAAAAUACAUGCUAAAAAUCCUCAUGGGCCUAUAAAUUUCUGUAUAUUAUUUGAAACAAAAUGCAAACGAUGUUAUUUUCUGCAGCGAUGCUGGAGUUAGUGUUGUUAAUAGCGAACUCGGGGACAAGAGGAGCGGGGGAGCUACUUGAUGUGGUGCUGCAGGAUGAGCAUGAUUGUGGAGGACCAGGGAUGGACCAUGAGCUUGACCACAACACCACAACUUUCCCCGUCAUCCCUUGGCCCUCACCCGUCAUCCCCCUGACUAUCAGUAGCGUGUACAGCCACGACAGCAGAGAGGGUAUUGAGCUGGGCAUCAGGCUGCUGGAGUCGUACACUUGCGUCAAGUUCGUGGAGCCCAGGUUGAAGAGAUUCCGAGCCAUGGAGUCGUAUGUGGAGGUUUCCAACGGCCAGGGAGGAUGUAACGCUAGGGCCGGCUUCAAUACCACCCCAGGCUUCGUCUCCUACGUCCACCUGCACUCCCCUGAGUGCAUACGACGCGUCGGGCACGUCGUACACGAGCUGAUGCACGUCCUCGGGUUUUACCACGAGCACCAACGACACGACCGGGACAAACACAUCAUCGUCGUCUAUGACAACAUCCUGCCGAGACACGAGUUCAACUUUCGCAAAAUGUACUACCAAACAUUCGGCCUGCCGUACGACGCGGCGUCCGUCACCCACUACGGCCCUCGAGCGUUUUGCAAGAACUGUUCUAGGGAUACGAUCGAGGCUCUGCCUGGAGAACACAACGCUCACCAAAUGGGACAGAGACUAAACCUCAGUAAGAUCGACGUGGCCCGGGUGAACCGACUCUACGACUGUACCGAGAUGUACCUAGGAGACGACCUCCCAGGGGCCCUCCCCUACCACCUAUGGAGGAUGGAUAAAAAAAAUAGACCCCAGAGUUUUGAAAAUAGAUACGUUCAUCUGAACCACUGAAGUAGAAAUAUCUGCCCAAGGUUUGGAAUACCGGGUAGAAGUUAAUAUAUUUUGACUCAGGGGUUCACUUGAACCCUGUCUUAAAACUCCAAAGAGUUGGGAGAUAAAACUGAACCCCCCCGUGAACUUUUUCCUCUAUAAUCCCACUAAGGAAUUAUAACUAUCAUCACCUAUAACAGUCAUUAUAACUCCGCCUCAGCCCCCUUAGCCAUCACCUAUAACAGUAUUAACGUCAUCUCCCACUAGCCAUCACGUGUAAGUCAAUAUAACCACGUUCCCUCCUAUUACCUGGAGGUUAUUUCGGGGAUCAACGCCCCCGCGGCCCGGUCCAUGACCAGGCCUCCCGGUGAAUCAGGGCCUGAUCAACCAGGCUGUUACUGCUGGCCACACGCAGUCCAACGUACGAGCCACAGCCCGGCUGAUCCGGCACUGACUUUAGGUAUCUGUCCAGCUCUCUCUUGAAGGCAGCCAGGGGUUUAUUGGCAAUUCUCCUAAUGCUUGAUGGGAGGCUGUUGAACAGUCUUGGGCCCCGGACACUUAUGGUGUUUUCUCUUAGUGUACCAAUGGCGCCCCUACUUUUAAUUGCAUCGCCUGCCCAGUCUUUUACUUUCGUAGGGAGUGAUUUCUGUGUGCAGAUCUGGGACCAUUCCUUCCAGGAUUUUCCAAGUGUAGAUUAUAUCUCUCUCCCUCCCUAAAACACAUCAAAACUGAUAUUAAUCU